UCUUUAUAGUCCGUGCGCGCGAGUCGAACGCACGCGCAUGUCCCGCGACGUCAGCUUUGUGUAACACAAUAACUUCAGUUUAUGGUGACCACGAUGAGCUGGGAUCAAGAUCACAAGCCGACAGAAAAAUUAGAGAUCAACGAAGCGGUUGGGAAGCUUCUACUAUCCUUUAACUAUGAUACAAUUUUGCCACAACCGACCAAAGGUGGAGGGUGUAUGCGUCGAGCGCACGUGAAACGCCCAAUGAACGCGUUUAUGGUGUUCGCACAAGCGAUGCGCAGGCGCCUCUCUGAAGAACGUCCGUCGCUGCACAAUGCGGAGCUUAGCAAAUCACUCGGGUCUAUGUGGAAAAGCCUGAGUGAAGAUGAAAAGCUUCCCUUUGUGAAGGAAGCGGAAAAAUUACGAACUCAGCACAAGCGGGAGCAUCCCGACUACAAGUACCAGCCGCGACGGCGCAAACCACCACCGGCUUCCACAGCCAGACUAAAACAGGAACCCACGCCAGAACGCUACGCUCCACAAAUCGACUUCUCACGGAUUGAAGUAGAUGGAGCUCUAUUAGCUGAUGGCCCGCCUGAUGGUGCUGAGCUAGAUCAGUAUCUGAAGCCAGCUCCAAUACCAGACUACCAUGAAAUGCAACCACGUUACUCUCAUACUUUGACACACCAUCCUCCGGGACUGUACACUCCUGUCCCGUCUCAUUUACAUCCGCCCUGUGGAGACUGGCAACACUACCCGGGACAUCCUUAAUAUUUUUGUAAAUUAUCUUGAAUUCUUCAAAGAUCAAUGUUUCUUUGGACUUUUAUCACUACCCGAAUGUAAAAUUAAAAUUAGGUCAAAAUAUAGUGUAGGUAGAGUAAGGAAUAAAUAUCACAUUACCACAUGUAUUCCGAUCAUAUCGUUUCACGCACACGUGCAUUUGAUCAUCGCAAAGCAAACAUUUAUUAGGAAAACAUGAUAUCUUAGAUCCACAUAUCUUUCCGGGUGUGAUAAAGUGAGCUAAAUAUAAAUAUAAUUAAUGUAACUAAUAUUAUUUCCAAAAAUGUAAGGUACGUGUUCCUCAAAUUUAAAUUUCCAGAGUAAUGUCAUAAUGUAAACGACGCCUUAUGAUUUAAUAUUAUAAAUUGAAAAUCUCAAAAUACAAUUUUAUUCACAUUAAUGUUAAAUUAGAAAUAAUAAAUAUAUAAAAAGAUUAUAUUAAUAUUUUUUAAAUAAACUAUACUGACGUAAUAUAUAUAAAUGUUCGUCAUAAGCCUCAGGUUCCAAAGCUUAAAAUUUAAUUUCUAAAUAUGUAGAAUAUAGAUAGAUAGGUAGAUAUAUAUUUAAGCAACUUAGUUAUUAAAUUAAUAUUAUGCUUUAUGAACUCUUAAGUU